AUGGAAACCAGGGAGGACAAAUCCCCACAGCAGAACCUCGUGGAAGAUAAGCCCUACAAGUGCUUGGAGUGUGGGAAAAGCUUCAGGAAGAAUUCACACCUUAUCCGCCACCAGAAUAUCCACACUGGUGAAUAGCCCUAUGAGUGUGGGGAGUGUGGAAAGGGCUUCAGCUGCAGCUCCGCCCUCAUCACCCACCAACGCAUCCACACUGGGGAGAGGCCCUAUGAAUGUACAAAGUGUCAGAAGAGGUUUCAGACCAGCUCGAAUCUCCUCCUGCACCACCAGAUCCACACUGGGGAGAAGCCCUACGAGUUUGGGGAAUGUGGGAUGAGCUUUCACCAGAGCUCCAACCUGAUCUCCCACCAGAGGACCCACACCAUGGAACGGCCCUAUGAGUGUGAGGAAUGUGGAAAGAGGUUCAAGCAGAAGUCCCACUUGAACCACCACCAGAGGAUCCACACUGGGGAAAGGCCAUACAGAUGUGGGGAAUGUAAGAUGACCUUCAGUCACAGGUCCCAACUUAACAUCCACCAAAUGAUCCACACUGGGGAGAGGCCCUACGAGUGCCCCGAGUGUCAGAAGAGGUUUCAGACCAGCUCCCAUCUGCUCCACUGCCAGCGGAUUCACACCGAGAGGAGGCCCUUCCACUGCCCUGACUGCAGGAAGGGCUUCAAGCAAAAGUCUUAUUUCAUCACCCACCGGUGCAUCCACACUGGGGAGAGGCCCUACGAGUGUCCAGAGCGUGGAAAGAGUUUGUCCAUGAGCUCUCACUUGACCAGACACCAACGGAAUCACCAGUAA